AACACACGAUUUACUCCGAAACGCGUUCACUAUCUAUAUUCGCAUAACUAUUUUAUGUCAGGCGAUCGAGCGACGUUGGAAGAGAACGGAGAGGUGAUCAUACUCUAGUGAUAUUUACUCGUUUGUAAUACGACGGCGCUGUACACCCCGAUAGCGGUAUGCCGAGCGGUGGUGAGCAUAGCAGUACGGUGAGAGAGGGGAGAGCUGGUCAGCAGAUAGGGAGAGCCGCCGGGCCGGUGCGCAGGGGAAUAGGCAUCGUGGGCGUGCCUAUCUGGCACGGACAGCCCAAUCCUGGGACGCAGUGGGCUCCAAAGCGAUUAAGGGAGACUGGAGUGAUUGGCGGAUUACAAAGGCUAGGUUGGCACGUUAAUGACUACGGGGACUUGCAGUUCAUAACCUUUCAAGAUGAUAUAGCCUAUGAACCCAAUGCAAUAUACAACCCGAGAACAGUAGGCGAUGCCACCAGAAAAAUCGCGGCCGCCGUACGACGUUCGUUGCAGGACAACGGCAUCUCGCUCAACAUCGGCGGCGACCACAGCAUGACCAUAGGUACAUUCCACGCACACGCGCAGGUGUUCGACAAGCCGUGCCUCGUCUGGGUCGACGCGCACGCCGACAUCAACACGGCGGCAUCGAGCGUCUCGGGACACAUCCACGGUAUGCCCGUAGCGUUCAUGCUACACGAGACGAGCGGUCUCUGUAACGUGCUGCCGGGCUUCGAGUGGUGUCGACCAAGCCUCACUGCCAAGGACGUGGUUUACAUUGGUCUAAGAGACAUUGAUCCGCCAGAGUGGGACAUAAUAGAUCGAUUAGGCAUCACCUACUUUGACAUGAAGAGCAUUGAUCAGCUUGGCAUCGCUGCCGUGAUUAAGAAAGCCUUGGAUGCUGUAAAUCCAAACCGAGAUCGUCCUAUUCACCUCAGCUUUGAUGUUGACGGUCUAGACACACUAGAAGCACCAAGCACUGGCACCCCAGUCCCAGGUGGCAUGAAACUCAGCGAGGCUGUCUACAUAGGAGAGCAGCUGCACAAGACUGGUAUGCUGACGUGUCUUGACCUAGCAGAGAUCAACCCGGACAUCGGUUCAGCUAGUGAUCAGAAACGCACUCUCUAUGCGGCAAGGACGAUAAUCGAGGCUUGCUUUGGAAAGAAGACCUUGGAUGCCGCACUAGCCAGUGAGAACGGCGUCGGCUUGAUAGAUUAUCACAUGUGAACUGUCUAACUCCAUAACCUGCACUGCCAAAGAAUGCACAUUAAGGAAAAAAGACUAAAUAGGUGGUCAUGAUUGACUUACCACGUCUUCGGCUCCUCGGAAGUAGUCAGAUGAGGCUUGUGGAAUACCAAUGCCUGGCGACCUUCAUCGUUCGUUAUGGUCGUUGACAUAGCAACCAGCAUCAGAUAAAAACUGCAGCUCUGUGGCUAACGUCAGCUCCUACGUACAUAUAUAUAUAUAUAUAUAUAUAUAUAUAUAUACAUAGUUCCUCGUGUUACACUGCUCUAUAUAUACCAGUAGUUACUAUGCUGAUAUCGUAUUGUCUAAUUGCAUGUCUGCAAGGUAGAUUAAAAACAUACAUGCAUCUUGUGGUUUAGUACGUUUCGCAAACUAUGUAUGAGCACUAUCACCGGUGUAUCUACCAGGAGCACUAUUAUAUAGUUUUGGCGAAACUAUAUUGCAACGACUAUAGCAUGGCCAUUUGCAAUUUUCGACCGAUUUACGGUUGAACGAUAGAUCGAACCACUAUUGCAUGCUUAUUUGCUGCAAGUGAGUUCAUAAACCUUUAUUAAUAAUUCUGCAAUUUAAUUGUAUCUGUACAUAUGUACAGAUUUGCAUGUAUAUUAUAAGUUGGGUGUAGGAUUACUAUGUAUUACCGUUUCAGUAUAAGGAUGUGAUCCAAGAUGCAAAUAAUUUUUUUACGUGACACAUCCAUCGUUUUUCUUAUGGGACAUAAAUAAAUCGUGAAGUUGCUGAUUUUAUAAGCAACGCAUAUUGUGUAAUUGAAUAUAAAUAAACUAUAUAAUCAAAGUUUUAUAUUAAAACUCUGGUUUACAUUACUUAUAAAAAAAAUAAAAAAAAUGUAGAACAGAAGUAACAUAGUAUAUGCUAGAGCAAAAUGCAAAUAGAUUGUUAUGACACCAGAGGAAAAAUAACGGAAAUCUUCACAUUUUCCAUAAUAUUGACAGUUGUAUAACAGUGCCACAAAAUGAUGUACAUGCACAUGUAUAUGAACGAAUGAAUAUAGAUCAUAAAUAAAUGAAACACA